CGUCACAUGUACACGUCGCCAAGCAGGACGCGCUCGGCCAAGAUGGCGGACAAGUGUCAGCCGCGGUGUCCUGCACUUUUCUGAGAAACUAAACUCCAGCCGCGCUCGUGUUGAGUUUUGUUUGUAUUCAGGCAUCUCGACUGGAAGAUAACGGGGAGACUGCCAGUUAGUAUACACAUUGUGGAGACCUGUGAGUGUACAUAAUGCAGCCCCCUCCUCGAACAACUCCUCCUGGAGCAAGUGGACCUCCACCUCCUUCUGGAGGCCCCAAUUCAUUCAGAAGAAACAGACCCCAUAAACAUGGGGCGGCGUCUGCUAUGACACCGGCUGCCCCUUCCACAAUGCCAGUGACUGAUCCUUUUGCCUUUGGGAGACAAAAUUUUUCAUCUAUGGCAGGGAGCAGCCAAGCUCCACCCACAAACAGCAACCCACUUCCUAUGCAAAGUCCUCCCCUGCCAGGGUUCAACCCAACAGCUCCACCACAAGGGCCACCACCAGGACCCGCACAGGCAGCCUCACCUGGCCCACCACCAAGAAUUUUUACACCACAGCCCGUUCCAUCACGGCCUGGAUCAAGCUCUAUCCCUCCUCCUGCAGAAGCAGGAUACUUCAGUUCCCAAGAACCAAUCCCCUAUAUUGCACAAUUGCCUAACCCUGCUCCUCCUUUAAUUCCUAGUACAUCACAUCCUCCCUCCACUACCCCAACACCUCCAGUUCAGUCCCAGGCUCCUUUUCAUUCCCAGCCAACCCCUCCCUUACCUUCACACUGGGUGCCUGAACAUGGAAGCAGACCACCUUCUGUUCAAAACUACUUUCAGCCAACUAGUGAUCUCCCAUCUCAGCCUUUCCAAGCUCAAGCCCCACACCCUGGACCCUCUCCUCUUACAGCCCCACCUCCUGUACCUUCUCCCCUUACAGCCCCACCCCCUUUAACUUCUCCUCUCACAGCCCCACCUUUGACACAAUCUCAAAAUCAAUUUCAGUCAGCUCAACCAAAUGUUAGUGGCCCUGCUGCAACUUAUCAACAGAACUCCCACUUCCCUGCUCAUAACUAUUUCAGUCAGUCAGGCGGACCCUCUGAGCCAUGGUUCAAUCAGAACCCACAGGAUCCAUCUCAGCGUGCCUACCAUGUCCCCUACUCUGAAGUCCCUAGUGACUCAGGAACUCUGUCAAUGUUUUUUGGGGGAAAUGAUGUUGAAAAUGAAGAAACUCUAACAGGGGAGGGGCGUGUAAAUGGAAUUCAUCAACCUCUCCAUUCAACAACAGAAUUCUCUGGUCCCUAUUUGAAUGACAGUGGUAACAUACGAGCUGGGACAGGACCAAGUGAUUCAGUGGAGAAUCUGGAAUGUGUUCCAAACCAGGAAGUUCUGCCUAGUGAGCCACCUCCAAGUCAUGCCUUUGAGGGGGGACCUAACUUGGAGACACCAGACUCUGCUCCUCGCCUUGCCCGCUCUGCAAGUGUCUCAUCCAGCUACAGUAAUGUCAGUCACAGUAGUGGACACGGUGCUCACAGUGGGGGUCAUGUCCCUCGUAGACAACAAGUAGUGGGAACAUUUAUCCAACAGGAGAGUCCUCGUCCACCUGAUCACCCUCCACUGCAUCCCUCAACUGGUGGAUACUUUGAACAAAUAGACUCUAACCCAGCUGCAGAGGCAAGUCCUACUUUCCCAACUCCUAGUCCACCUAAACCAGUUGGUGUGUUCCAGGCAAGUGCAAAUUCCUCAUUUGAGCCUGUUCGUUCACAUGGUGUAGGAGUUCGACCUGCUGAAGUUGAUCGUGCACGUGUGGUCAUGGAAAAGGGUGGACGUGACAUGCAGCCUGGCAAUUUAGAGCAUCCUCCAGAUAACUUGGAGACUAUUUACUUAUCAGAACGCCGACCCUCAUCUCGAGCUCAGGGGGCACGACGCCCCAUCGAAAGUCCUGCAACUGCACUCUGGGCUCAAAAUGACACUGCCAGUCUAAGUGCUAACAUACUGUUAGCCCCUGCAGCACCGUCUCUGACUGCAACAUUUGUUCCAGCACAUCCAUCUGAAGUAAUUCAGCCACCAGAAGAUGGGCCACUUGAUCUGCAUCCAGCUAGGCCAGAUCCACAACCUCCCUCUGAAAACCUUGAGAUUCCUCCAGACUCUACACCUCAGGCAAGUCUGGGAUAUGCCUCCUUGCUUGUGACCUCACCUCCAGAAGAGGCUCUGAACCAGCCCGUCUUGAUUGCGCCACCUUCCUCUAAUUACAGUUUGAUUUCAUCCCAAAAUCUCUUACAACCAUCAAUUCUGCCAAGUCCUCAAGAGACAGCAGCACCUGUUCACCCACAUCCUCAAUCUUCAUUGACCAAUCAAAUGCCUCAGAAUUCUCCUCCAACAAAUCAGCCACCACUUCUUUUUUCUCAGACACCAGUAAACUUCAGUUCUUCCUCAGCUCAAGGUGUCUUGAAUCUAACGCGAGAGGCCAACGAUGGUCAGGCAGCCCGACCAAACCUCUCAAGGGCCCAGUCUCUUAAAGGUGAUAGCCAAUUUCUUCCGCCUUCUGCUACUCAAGCUCCGCCUUCUUCAGCUGCCUCCACCAAUCACAACCAACCUUCAAAUUAUCAGCUGCUUGAUUUUUCUAUGCAUCAGCCACAGUCUACAAAUCAGGUCACAUCAGUCCCAGCUGUCUCUCAAUCAACCCAUCCUGCAGGCUUGGUGAAUAACACACCUGGCUUUUACCUGCAGGUCACCAAAGAUGCACAGCAAGGGGGACAGUCUGACACUGAUUCUCUGUCCCAUCAGCAGAACUCCAACCCCCCAUUACCCUCUAGCAACCAACUUGACAAUAAUCAGACUCUGAACUCCCAUCCUCCUCCACCUCCAGCUCAAAACCAGCCUCCUCCACAGGCCCCUCCAACACAUCCUGGCGCCCCUCCUACUGGACCUGGAUCUGCCCAACCACCUCCUUACCCACCCCAAUCUGGAAACUCUACCACCCAACCACCUCAAGAACCUCAAAGGCCUCCUUCAUCUCUAGGUAGUCAAUCAGGUUAUGGGGUUCCUCCUGCCAUGCCCCCUGGUCCAGGUUACCCAGGGUACUACCCAGGAGCCUACCCGGAGUACCAGGAUGGAAGAGUACCAUACCCACCGCAGUAUCCUGUGGAUCCCAGAACUCAAAAUUAUUAUCAGGAUGAUCCCUACCGUAGAGGCGAUCCUCGAUACGGAUGGUAUGAUGGACAGAAUCCUGGCUAUCGGGAGGCUGAACGCCAACCAGAGAGGCCAAGCUCUAGAACCAGUCAAUACUCUGACAGGCCCAGCUCAAGACAGGGGUAUCAAGAAGACUUUUCAAGAUCCAGCCGUAGUGCCUAUGACGAAUACUAUGCAAACUACUAUAAGAGACAAUACGAUGCCUAUGGAGAUAGGAGCAGGUGGUAUGAUCCCAAUGCUGCUUAUGAUCCACGCUACAAAGCAUACUAUGAUCAAAUGUAUGGAUGGUAUUAUAACCAAGAUGGUUACAGAGGAGGACAGGCGUAUUACAACCAACAAUAUCAAAACAGGGGAAGGGAAGGGUAUGACGAUCCAUGGCGAUAUUACCCUGGUUAUGACUCCAGCUUUGACGAUGACUCUCGGAGACGUGACCCAUAUGCUGAUGAUUUUGACCGGCGUUCGGUUCACAGUGAACAAUCAGCACACAGUGUGCAUUCAUCACACAGUCGACGUAGUAGCUUCAGCUCACGGUCACAACAGAGUCAGGUUUACAGGAGUCAACCAGACUUGGUCAGCGCAGCCUACGAUGCCACUGGCACCACUCUUCCAGCAGAUUACACCUACAGCCAGUAUCCUAACCCUUCAGAUACUGUGAAUUAUGGUCAGGAUCCUUAUAAUUCUGCUGACAACACCUGGUCUGCACCAGAACAGCCUCCUCCAAGACCGUUGACCCCGGAGAAGUUUUCUAUUCCUCAUCGUUGUGCUCGUUUUGGUCCAGCUGGUCAGCUGAUCCUUGUCCAACCCAACCUGCCCUCUGCUGGUCAGCCCACACUAGUAGAAAUCCACAGUAUGGAGACGCUCCUGCAGGAUUCUCCAGAGCAGUCAGACAUGCGUUCAUUCCCAGGCCCGCUGGUCAAAGAGGAGACUCAUAAGGUGGAUGUCAUGAAGUUUGCUCAGAACAAAGCCCAAGAGUGUUUGCGAAACGAUGACCUCAUCGACAAAGACUCCGCCUACCUCAUCUGGGAGUUCAUUGUGCUGCUGUGUCGCCAGAAUGGGACCGUAGUGGGUACAGAUAUUGCUGACCUGCUGCUGAAGGAGCAUCGCUCUGUGUGGUUGCCAGGAAAAUCACCCAAUGAGGCCAAUCUCAUUGACUUUAACAAUGAGGCAAUAGAGCAUGCAGAAGAAGACAUGGGGCAAAUGUCCCUCCUAUCAGACACGUUCAUGGGUGUGCCUGAAAAUAUUGGCAAGGAUACGGAGCGCUUCAGAGAACUACUGCUGUUUGGCCGCAAGAAGGACGCUCUGGAGUCUGCUAUGAAGAAUGGUCUGUGGGGUCACGCUCUGUUACUGGCCAGUAAAAUGGACAACAGAACUCACGCUCGCGUCAUGACCAGGUUUGCCAACAGCCUGCCUAUUAAUGACCCUCUUCAGACAGUUUAUCAGCUCAUGUCAGGACGUAUGCCGGCUGCUGCUACUUGUUGUGGAGAUGAGAAAUGGGGGGAUUGGAGGCCACAUUUAGCCAUGGUGCUGUCCAACCUCACUCACACUCUGGAUCUUGACACCCGCACUAUUUCAACAAUGGGUGACACUUUAGCAUCUAAAGGUCUUGUAGACGCAGCCCAUUUCUGUUACCUGAUGGCUCAGGUGGGUUUCGGUGUUUAUACCAAGAAAAGCACCAAGAUGGUCCUCAUCAGCUCCAAUCACAGCUUGCCUUUUUUGAAGUUCUGCUCAUCAGAGGCAAUUCAGCGGACAGAAUCAUACGAAUACGCUCAGUCUCUUGGCUCUCAGCCUCUUUCUCUGCCUAACUUCCAGGUGUUCAAGUUCAUCUACGCAUGUCGUCUGGCGGAGUCUGGUCUCUGCGCUCAAGCUUUUCAUUACUGUGAGGUCAUUUCCCGCACACUGUUGAGUCUGCCGGAGUAUUACUCUCCUGUGUUCAUCAGUCAGCUCAUACAGAUGUCUCUGAGGUUAAGGUUUUUUGACCCUCAGCUGAAGGAACGGCCGGAGCAGGAGUUGUUUAUAGAGCCUGAUUGGUUACUUCAUCUCAGACAACUCGAUGGACAGAUCAAGGAGGGUGUGAUCUCUUUGCGUACGGACCGCAGCACCCCACAGCUUUACCCCUGCAGUACACCCAGUUCAGAAGACCAGUGCAGCCCGCCUGAACCCCCAGCUCUGACCCCAGACCCCCACAACGCUCUCAUGACCUCUCUUGUGCCCCCAGCUGCUGUACAACUCAUGCCUCCAGCCCCUCCCACUAUUCUUCAGGAUGGGGCGGUUUCUCUUCAGCAAGUUCCGCCUCCAAGUGAAAGUGUUCCGUUCUACCCAGUGGCUCCAGGGCCGCCGCAGCCAAACUUUGUGGCUCCGUACCAACCUGAAAUGCAAGAGCAGUACAUGCCAAUGCCACCCCAAAUACCCCAACAUAUGCCCCCGCAAAUGCCGACAUACAACCCUGCAGAAAUGCCUCCACAGAUGCCACAAGGAAUGCCUGGUCAGAUGCCUCCACCGAUGCACGGAGCCGAACGGGGCUCAGCUCCUUCCUCCCCUCAGCAGUUCCCCCAGCCGUCUCCAACGUUCGCUAACCCUCCUCCACCGGGGAAGGACUUCUAUGAUGAAAUGGCACGUUUGGGCCCAGGCAGAAGAUCAAGAACAACUUCACAGUCAUCAAUGCAUAUGGCACCGGGUCGUCGAUCUCGGACAACAUCUGAAUCGUCCAAUCAUUCUGGCCGGGAACGCAGCAGCUCAUUUGCCAAUCAGGGAUCUCCACCCCCUCCACCAAUCCCAGAGGCUCCACCACAGGAUGUGCCAGAGAGAACCAAGAAAGACUCUCCUAAAAAACAGGGAUCUGGUGGCGGCUUGCUGACCUGGCUGUUUCCAAAGCGGAAGAAUGAAGCACAUCUUCCAGACGACAAAAACAAAUCUAUUGUGUGGGAUGAAAAGAAGCAGAAAUGGGUGAAUCUGGAUGAGCCAGAGGAAGAGAGUAAACCUCCUCCUCCCCCACCCACCGGCUUCCCCAAAGCUCCAAUGAGCGCUCCAGCUAUGGUACCUCCAGGAGUGGCCGGCCCACCAUCAGGGCCUCCUGUGAACAUGUUCUCCAGAAGAGCAGGCACGAGGAGUCGUUAUGUGGAUGUGCUGAAUCCUGGUCGUGGAGGAGCUAAAGCAGUGGCUUCAGUGCCUCCUCCUGCUGAUCUGUUCGCUCCUCUCGCACCCAUGGCCAUGCCAGCCAACCUCUUCACACCAGCUGCAGCCCCAGAUGAGCAGCAGCCGAUGGAGGGAAGUGUUCCAGACACCAGUGGAGAAAACACACUGCAGACAAGUGCCACAGUGCCACAGAUGUUUAAUCCGAAUGCUGCUUUGCCUCCCGGCCCGGAGGGAACCCAGUCUGGAGAGCUGUCACGUUCUAGCUCAAUGAGUUCUCUAUCGCGAGAAGUGAGUCAGCAUUUAAAUCAGGCUCCUGCUCAACAACCAGUGCAAGGAGCUCCGCCUGCAGGGGGUGUGACCUUUUAUAACCCCUCCCAGUUUGCACAGUCUGUUCCCACAAACCGUACUCGCCCUGGGCGCCUGGGACAGAGAGGAUACCCAACACCGAAGUAACAGUACCGCUGUAGUUCUAGAUCAGACUGUGGUUCUAGAUCAUGAAGUUCGGACUCCUGGAAGCGCUGGCAUGUGGCCAUCCAAACCCUUCAAAUAACACUGUCAUAAUCGAUGUUUGCAAUUGGACGAGACUCUGUUUCUCCAUACGGCCUGUGUGUUGUGUGUACGGACCGGGCGGCGCUUCCUCAACAUGAGCAGUGUGAAUUAAAAGUGCAAUAUUGCGAUUUUUAGCCCUGUGUAGAUUGAUUUCGCUAGUGUAGUCUGCUCAUUUCAGCAGGAUGUCUGCAAGUGUGUAUGAGCGCAUGUGCGUUUGGAGGAAACGUGGCCGUGUCCUGCUAACGGAAAGCAUGAGUUUGAGGGCGGACAGGCCUGUUAUCAUGGGAACAGUGCAGCGUACCAGAAUGUUUUAGAUAUUUAUUAAGCUUCCUGUCAGAAUGAAGCGGCCCGUCAUGAGUACGAGUUUAGUGUCUUUUUACCAUCUCCUGGUCAAAUCCUGUAAUUUCGCCAGUAGCUACAGAAUCAUACGUUUCUAUGAUUUACCAAAAUCCUGUGAUCAUUUGUGUGUAUUGCUCAUAAAAUAUCAUUAUUAUUUUCCCUGGCUUCUCAUCGCGCACUCUGAUUGGUCGUCGUGUCUCUUAAUCACACGCCGUUAUUUCCUUUGCUUUUUGCCAUGCUGGACAGCGGAGGUUUUUUGUAAUUCCAAAGGUCAGCUCUGUUUGAAGGAAGCUUGGACUUUUCCAAUGUGUUUAGAAAUUGACUGUACAAUUCUUGAUAAAAGUGAUAAUAAAGAUAUUUUUGAGCUCUUUAA